GAUGGGAUGGCUGUGUGGGUCCGCCGGUCCGCCCACCGCCUCUCAAGAGGUGCAUUAGGGCAGGACAAAGCACCCAUCCCAUGGCUCGAUGGAUGGAUGGAUGGAUGGCACCACACAUCCAGUCCAGACACCCGUACGCAGUCGACUUGGGGGCGCCGGUUGGAAGAGGUGAGGGAGGGAGGGAUACACCGAUGUGUGUGUAUGUAUGUCACAGACAGACACUGCCUAUUGCCGCCGCUUGCUGGUGUUGUCCUGCUGCCGCCUUGCCCCCGCCACCCACUGAUUGACUGACUGACUGACACAGUCACUGAGCGACAGACAAGAGUGCUAUUUGUACUGUCUCCGGCCACUCACUGUCCAUCCGCCCAUGCAUCUGUGGCUCUUGGCAUUGGAUGGAUGGAUGAGUGUGUACGUGUGAGUGAGUGAGGAAGUCGCCUACUGGUCGCAUGUAUGUGUAAGUAUGUAUGUAUGUCACUCGCACUUUUCACAUGUCUGUCUGUCUGUCCGCGUGUGCAAUGAAUGAAUGCAGUUAACAACCAGCGGAUUGAUUCAGCAAGUCACUCUGUGCAUCAAUUGCUCUCUAUUCAAUGAUCGUGGUGUCACUUCCCAUAAAGCGCAGCUGGUUCCCGGUGAGGUUCGAUUUCGGGGGUCGCCAGGUCUCGUUGCAGGAGUGCCGAUGCACUGACCCUCGUGAUUAGGCAAGGGUCAGUUUCACGAGGGACAUAAGAUCGCAAUGUAGAGGCGAAAUAAGAACGGGACCUCACAGACCCACAGUGAUGUUCUCAGACUCACAGAUUACUUAGAUCUGCCCCUACUUCAAGAGAUCGGUCCAGCCCUUGCAAAACCCUUGCCCCAUCUGCACACAUCAAGGGCCGUAUCUCGCCCGUGCAGGGCCGCAGAGAGCUCACUGACGCCUGCCGUGCCACUUGCAGCCCCGUCCGGCCACCAUCAGGUACAUUCACCCGACGAAGAGGCACAGACGACUCACUCACUCACUGUUUUUCUGUCCAUCUGCGUGUCUUGCAGGUAUACGUGUUGCGGUGGGGGUUCCCUCAAGGUGAGCACAUCAUACAUCUCAAGGUGAGCACAGACAAACGAGGCAGGGCAGGCAGGCAGGCAGGCAGGCAGAGAAGGAAGGACCACGACACACAUCACGACCGCCCAUCCAUCGACUCAUGCACCCGUCCAUCAGUCAUGUCUGCCUGUGUGUGGUGGUGUGUCUACCUGUGUGGAUAGUGUCGGAGCUCUCGAGCUGCAGCUUCUCACGAGAGGGAGUGAAGACAAGAGAUGUUGACUUCAUGUUUUCCCGGCAGCGCCCACCGGAUUCAGUGCGGCUUUUCCGGUGGGCAUCAAGGUGUGCUGCUGAGUCCCAACGUGUGCGCGACGGCGGCACAUGUCGCGCUGUGCCACGUCGACGUCGACGGUGCAGCUGUUACGCACGGUGAAGGCUCUCAUGAGAUCAAGGAGUACUACAUCCACAAGGACUAUCUCUCUGACGGCCAUCCGGACAUCGCGAUUGCCACGCUCCAGCAGAAUGCCUCUCCCCACCGUCAGACAUCCAUCUGUUACGGCCUGGAUAUCGGGGUGCACCUGGAGGCGCAGGAGAUCGUCACUGAGCCUCAGGGAGGAGGCGCGUCAGACGAGUACCAGUACAGCCGUCGGUUUGGUGGUGUGGUCUGUGGCGUGAACAAGAAGGCUGAUGGCACGGUGUCGUUCCUGCAGCUGUCGGGCGUCAGCUCAAAGCCGGGUGACUCGGGGAGCCCGCUGUUGGUCAAGGACAAGAGGGCGGUGGGCGCCAUCGUCCACGGCCUGUCGGCGCACCGCAACCGAGGCGGCCGCCAUCGUCAGGACCCUGAAGAGACAGCUCAAGUGUAUCAUCAGCUAUUCGUCUGCCCGCUUGACUCACUCCGCGACCCAACGGCCAACUUCCUGCACGUGCCGCGUUCGUUCCUGCGAAAGGCGCCAUCGGCAUCUACAUAUUCUCUCAUGCAGUGCAUCGAGGAGCUUCCCGUCGGUUUCUUCGAUGCAACGAACCGGCAGACAUCGCUUCGUGACUCCUUCGACGCGCAGGCCCAACCAUCAGCAGACCCCUCUAAGACUUCCAUGCCAGCCCCUCCACCCAUACCUGACGGUGCACCCGAUUGGGUACAGCCGCUAGUGCAGUCGGCACCCGAUUGGGUACAGCCGCUAGUGCAGUCGAUGACACAGGGGUUCGCCGCCGUGGACAGGCGUUUGGCGACGAUAGAGGGCGAUGUGAGGGACUUGCGACAACGAGCGAUAGGGUACGACAAGCCCACAACCACAGUGCCCUCUGCGAUCGUCAACGACAUGAAGUCCGCCAUUACCCACCACGUGAGGGCGGGCGAGAUAGUGCUGCAGGGGGAGGUCGGUCGGGGAGGGGCUCAAGGGCAGCAGGCUAGCUUGCAGCGAGUGGGAGAGUUGCAGCAGGAGCUUGAUGAGGAGGAGAUCCUCGGCUGGACCAUCGGCAACUUCAUCCGCGACCUUGUGGACAGCCUCAGCCGCCCUCAAGCACAGGUAUGUUUGUAGGCAGACAGACUUACACGGGAACAGCAGUGGGUGGAGUCGUGCGAAGGGAUAUCCGCAUGUGUCGAUGUGUCAUUGUGUGUGUGUUUGUGUGUGUUGUGUUGUGUAUUGUGUGCGCGCAGGACAUCCAGCUGACUGCGAAGUGGAUCAAGUGCUAGCUACUGGCUGUAGCUGCAGCUGAGCUGUAGUGUAGGGUGAACUUGUGUGGUGGGGCUGGCCGGCAGGAGGGGGUGGGGUGAUGCGGUGAGUUGGGUGUUCGUUUGUGAUUGACUGAUUGACUCAUUGGCAAUGGACCAGACAUCCAUUCCAUCCUUAUUCAAUGGUUGCUGUGCA